GCAGAGAGAGAGGGGGUAACCUCAAAUUAUUGCUGAAACCCCGUAAAGUGUGAACCAAACGGAAUCUGUGCAAGCACCAAAUCUGGACUCACUCUGAAGACAUGGGAGUCACUCAUGGGAAGAAGAGAGAUCUUCAGCAUUUUCCAGGUAGAGAUGAGACACAGUUUCAUUUGUAUGCCUCCAUGAUGCAGACUCAUCAAACCAAACUUGAAGGCCGAUUUUCAGAGCUUCAGGCUUUUCCAUCCCAAAUGCAGAGUGAGGAGGAGAGCAGUAAUCUAAUCAGACCCCUAAAAGCUACUAGUGCGAUAACUGCCCUGGAGAGCCACCGGGAGCUGCAUAAGGAACUGCAGAUGACCCACAAGAGGAAGAGAGUGUCUCAAGAAGGAAAGACUGAACUCCAGCGAGUUCUGGAAAAAAGGAAAUGGGAACAAAGAUUGAAAGCGAGCAGGGAUCAAGACGAGGCAAAGAAGAAGACAUCAGAGCUACACCAAGAGCUGCUGAAAAGACAACAGAGGCUUGAAAAUCUGGAAAAAGAUCAGAAAGUUAAACAAGAAGAACCAGAGUUCAUCCAAGUCAAAGAGAGACUGAGGAAGACUGCAGUGCCCUGUGCAAGGGCAAAAGAAGUGUGACCGUUUUAUAACUACGUGUGUGUUUUGUAUUCACAGUCGGUGCAAUUGACUGUUGGGAAUAACUGACCUGGUGAAGGAUUCUUCUGCUAUAAAUAGAAUAGAUAGAUAAUACAGCUCAAUGCUCAUGAUCGAGGCGACACCUUCUGGUCAAGUGGAGACACGUCAUCACUGUGAAUAGUGUCUUUUGUGUUUUUGUUUUUCUUCUCAAUACUUUGGUUAAAUGUGACUUAGAGCAAAACGUUCAGUAAAAAAAGAAAACUAUAAAAAAUUGUAUUGUAUACAGACAUUGUUGAUUCUUUUUUUCUCCAGCAGCACAAUUUAUUAGGUGUUUAUUUUGUCCAUUUAAUCCAUAAUAAAACAUU